AUGUGAUAUGAUGCAAGACAACCGGUUGACAAUUAAAGAGCAAUAAUAAUACAAAAUUUCGUGGUAGUACAGCUGUUUUAAAAUGAACGGUUUAUCAGAGGAAGAUAGCUCCGAUAGUAGUAGCGAGUAUUCGGUUGAUCCAGAUAAAAUUAAACCAAGUUCCAGCUUCUUCAUAGAGAAAAAGGCGAAGGUCACGAAAGCCGCGAGUAAAAGUGACAGUGAGAAUGAAAGCACCGAUGAUACAGAAUUAGAAGAUGCCAGUCAAGGAAAUAAUAUUGAACUAUUCACUCAAGUGUUGAAGAAUUUAGAGUAUUCACAGAAACUUGAAGUUAAGGAUGAAAAUGUCGAGAAAAAACAGUCAUUCUCAGACUCUUCCAUAUCGCAGAAGGAAAAAGAGAAAGCACAGAAAAUGAAAAUAGAAGUAAAUGCUACCUCUUCUUUCAAUGAAAUAGAAGAACUUUUACUUCAGGGUGAGACUAGUGUAAGUUCUCCAUCCAAAAAAGGUGUUGGAGCUGUAACUUUAAAGAAUGAAAAAGAUACUGAAGUUCCCACUGAAUACACUAUUCCUGAAGAUGGUGUUAAAAUCAUUCUGCCUGGUACCAGUGUGAUGUUAAACAGAAGGAAAAAGGGAGGUCAGGAUCUAAAAGCAAUUUUGAGGAAACGAUUAAGGGCUAGCCAAAUAUUAGUAGAAAAGGUAGGAUUGCUAUGUUGGUUGGCAUAUGGGUUUAAUUUGAACCAUCAAAUUAAUCAGCCUGAAAUAAUGUCUGGUGUAUUAUCAUUAAUUUCAACUUGUAACUACCCAAAAAAUAGAAUUGAUCUUUCAUAUUUAGAAAAAUUCACAAAAUGGUUUAAGAAUGUAUUCACAUUUGAGGCUAUUGAAAGCAGUGGCAAUGGACGAAUAGAUAAAGAAACAUUGUUAAAGAUACUGCAGGAAAAGAAAAUUUCUAAUUACAAGGAGCUGGUACUGUUGUACAUUGCUACACUAAGAGCUCUGGGUUUAAAUUGUCGGCUGGUUAUAUCUCUUUGUCCUCCUCAUCGGGCAUUUAGUGAUGAUCCAUUAUUUAAAGUUGUCACAAAAGGACAAGAAACUGAAUCAAAAAGUAGAUCUAAGGGACAAACUUCAAAGAGAAACAAAGAAAAGGAGAAGAAAGCUUCUGAUAAAACAUUAGUUCAAAAUGGUUCAGAGGCAAAAAAAAAUGCCAACAUUGAAGCUAAAAAAAGGGCAGCUGAAAUUUUGCACUCAAAGUCACAGAGAAAGGCAAAAAAAUAUAAGUCUGAUACUAAAGAAGAUUCCAAAGCUGAGAAUGAGGAAACUAAACAAUCAAAUGCUAAAAGUAAAGAAAAGAAAAACGAACCUAAAGUUGUAGAACAAGAAAAGAGUUUAUCUAGCUUAAGGCAAUUAAGAUAUCGCAAAGUUAAUGGAAACUCUGAAGAUAACAAAGCAAUACAAUCCACAGAUCCAUCUUCAAAGUCUGAUGGUACAAAAAUAAAAAAUUAUAUAGAAGAAGAUUCAACAACUGACUCUGAUUCAGAAUUUCAACCUAAAUCAAAGAAUUUAGCAAAAAAGUAUUGGAAUGAUGAUAAAAAAGAAGUACCAAAACAUUCUAAGAAUGUUAAGAAAAAUAAUAAAAAAUUAAUAUCCUCUGACAGUGAAGACAAUGAAACAAAUAAGACAAAGAAAACACAAAACAUUUGGGCUGAAAUAUAUUUAGAAUCAGAGGAAAGUUGGAUCUGUGCUAGUGUGAUGGAUGAAAAAAUCCAUUGUGUAACUGAGGUAUAUAAAAAAGCAGAAAAACCUGUAUUGUAUGUAGUAGCUUGGAACUCUGAAAGUUUAAUAAAGGAUGUGACUAGGCGCUACUGUCCACACUGGCUCACAAUAACGCGCAAACAACGUAUUGAUGAGAAAUGGUGGCUGGAAACCCUCUCCUAUUGGAAAGAGAAAGAUACUGUUAUUUCUAAAGCUGAAAAUGAAAUGCUAUUACAAAGAGAAUUGGAGCAGCCAUUGCCUAAAACGAUUGGUGAAUGCAAAGGCCACCCGUUAUACGUCAUCGUAAGGCAUCUACUCAAAUUCGAAGCACUAUAUCCUCCAGACUGUGUACCUUUGGGUCAUACUAAUACAGGUGAAGCUAUUUAUUCGCGUCACUGUGUACAUACACUUUGUUCAAGGGAGACGUGGUUGAAAAAAGCCAGGGUCGUAAAACCGAACCAAGAACCUUAUAAAAUAGUCAAGGCUCGUCCAAAAUAUGACAAACUGUCGGGAAUGAAAAUUAAGGACUCUGCUUUGGAAAUAUUUGGCGAAUGGCAGACUAUGGAAUACGAACCACCGGUGGCAAAAGAUGGUAUUGUACCACGUAACGAGUACGGAAACGUGGAUUUAUUCAAACAAUGCAUGCUGCCAAAAGGCACAGUCCAUAUAAAUCUUCCGGCAUUGAAUCGAAUUGCCAGAAAACUUAAUAUCGAUUGUGCACCAGCCGUGGUGGGCUUUAAUUUUGGGAGUAUGGGUGCGGUACCAGCAUUAGAGGGUUAUGUUGUUUGUACUGAAUAUGAAGAUACAUUACGAGAAGCUUGGGAAGCUGAGCAAGUAGAAGCGAUUAAACGAGCGAAAGAGAAGCAGGAGAAACGGGUUUAUGGAAAUUGGAAGAGGCUGAUUCACGGUUUGCUCAUAAGGGAGCGACUAAUAGCAAAAUACCAGUUUUCGAAGGAAAUAAAAACAGUAGCUAAUAAAAGAACGAAACACAAGAAUACAGAUGUGAAGAAAAGUAAAGUCUCUUGA